AAAAAAAAAGUAUGCGUAUUUCCCCUAAAAUUGAAGAAAUAUGCAAAUUAUGCAUUUAAAAUUUUUAAACUCACUAUUGUAGUAUAUCUCCGAUUUCUAGCAUGGUCUGCUAUAAAUUGAGAGCAUAUAGAAUGAUAUGCAAUUCCUUCAACUACUGAGCCCUAGUAAUGAGAAAAUUGUAUUUUAAAGGUCGAACACGUCAUUAACAAAGCCUAGGCCCAAGAGAGCAUCUGCUAUUGACAGUGCUGCUGAGAAUAGAAAUUCUGGUUUAUGUAAAUUAGGAAAAUACAUAGAGACUAGAGAUUCCAGAUGGUCCUUAGCUGUUAUAAAUAAUAUUUCAUUACCAAUGUUUCAAUGUCCAAUUUGUGAUGUGUAUCUCUAUAGUCCAGAGUCACGCAAAAAACAUGAAGUUUUAAAGCAUUCCUCGCUGCUUGAGACUAUACAUGAACCUGUGGAUAUUGUUUCUACUCCAGGAAAUACUGAACCGUUAACUGAACAGUUAAUCCUUUUUAAUUAUUUGCAACUUUGCGUAACAUCAAAACAUAAAACAAAAGCAGUCCAUGAAUUGGCCAAAAGGACAAAUUUUUUGAAAGCGUUGAAGACUUUAGGACCAAACAUUAUUGACUCCUUUAAGUGUAAUUAUUGCCCAUAUACAACGGAUCUUAUAUUUGCUUUAUGGGCUCACUGUACCUCCAAACAUCUUUAUCUAAAAUGUGAUUCUGAAAAAAAAACAUGUUUAUAUUGCUUUUUGUGCAAUCGCAUGUUAACUAAACGUACAACAAUGCUCAAACAUUUAGACGCUUGUAUUAAUAAAAAACUAAAUGAACCACCAAUUACCAAUGACUCAAAAAAACGAUUAAUAUGUGAAAUUUGCAAUGAAGUCUUUGAUUCAUUGAUAGAACUUGAAAAACAUACUUGGGGACAUGCGAAAAAGAAAUAAUAUAGUUAUAAACAUUAAUAUUACUUACAUAA